GCUGCGCUUCAACAGGUAGGGCGGAUCGGUUGUUGUUCCAAAGGGCGGAAAAUAUUGAACAAUCGCUCCGGUAACAAGGGAGCUGGUGAUAAGUGAAUUGGAUAAUUCCGAUCAACUGCAGGUCGUUCAUCGCACGCAACGAACGGAAGAUGGAAUCCGAAAAGAAAAUUCUAUGCGUGGGAAUAAUUUGUCUCGACAUCAUUCAAACGUGCGAACAAUUCCCUUUGGAGGACUCCACUGGAAGAUCUACGGAUUACCGAUGGCAAAGAGGAGGCAAUUCAUCCAACUCUUGCACCGUGCUGUCGUUGUUAGGACAGCCGUGCGAACUUUUAGCUUGCUUGUGCGCGGACGAACACGGCUCUUUUCUGCAAAAUGAUCUGCGGAAAUAUAACAUUGACUAUCGUCAUUGUCCUAUAAUGCCGUUAACCUUCGGCUGCCCUGUUUCGACUAUUAUAUUGAGCUCUAGUACAGGAAGUCGUACAAUCAUACACCACAAAGCAUCCGACUUUCCGGAAUUAACUUACAGGGAUUUCGAUACUCUUGAUUUAGGGGAAUAUAGCUGGAUACACUUUGAGGGAAGGAAUUUCGAUCAAGUGUUAACUAUGAUACAACGUGUGAAAAAUUAUAAUAACUCGUUAAAUACAGCACACGGUCGAGAUGCCAAAUAUCGCGCGCCAAUUACGAUUAGUGUAGAGUUGGAACGUCCCAGGUCGGAAUUAUUGGAUCUGUUGAAUCAUGCUGACGUAGCGUUUAUAGCGAAGGAUUUCGCCAAGAGCCAAGGUCUCGAAAGUAUGAGCGAGAUACUAAGGAACGUUGGUCCUAACGCUAAGCCGGGAGCGACUAUUAUUUGCACCUGGGCAGAACAGGGUGCAAUGGCACGUACUGGAGAUGGUACUGUAGUGCAAUCUCCAGCUUUUCCUCCACGGAAGGUGACUGACACUUUAGGUGCCGGUGAUACAUUUAACGCGGUCGUGUUGCAUUAUUUGAACAAAAGCAAGGCAGAAUUUACGAGUAAGUGCCCCAAUACAGAAAGUUUGAAGUACGUUCGAAUGGGAUUUAUCGAUGAAACGAUUUUGCAAAAGGCUAUUACGUUUGCGUGUCGUAUCGCUGGCGCAAAAGUGGGAUUACGAGGUUACGACGGGCUUCAUCCUAUUUACCAUGAUAUGUUACAGGAUUCUUCGCUAGGCUAAACUCUGAAUUCGUCUCGUAUGAGACGCGCCAUUGAAUACUCGUUUUUAUAUUUCCAGCUUAUACUUUCAGAGUUGAUUAAACGAUC